CGUUUAUCAAAAUGGCCGCCGAGUGUUGUUAAAAAAUCUAUAUUUGUACAUUAUUGACAACUACUCAUUAAUAGUUUUAAUAAAACUUCUGAAUGAUUGAAUUUAUAGAUAUAUUUUAUGAUUAGAUAUAAUCACGUAUAUAAUAUUGAUUUAAAUUAUGGCGUGGUCAAUGCCGACUACAGGUCAAUGGAAUCCUAACAUUGGUAUGACGCCAGAUAUGAAUAUGGGAACAUAUACGGCUGAACAAUGGGCUCUAAUGCAACAACAAAAUUGGCAUCAGUGGGCACAAUGGCAACAACAAUAUGCUCAAUGGCAAAGUCAGUAUGGAGAUAAGUAUGCCCAGCAAAUGCAAGCAUUUCAAGCUAUGGCUGGCGCUCCACCUGUUCCCCCACCUUCUGCACCUCCACCAGCGCCACCUCCGCCAGACAAGCCACCUCCACCGCCACAUGAGAAUGAUCAACCAUUAUAUGGAAACACUCAGAAACAGGAUACUACUGUUCCACCUCCAGUACAAUAUCACAUCAGUGCGCAAGCUGGCUACAACAAUACUAUCACCACAACAGGUAACAAUCUAAAUUGGUCCUAUGCUGCAAAUGUCAAAUCUGAUACACUACAGUCUCAGUCAGUCAACUCAGAAGCUCUCAAAAAGCUUGCAGAGGAGGAGAAAUUAUUCGAUAUUCAAUUUAAGAAAUGGGAAGAGGAAAUUGAAAAAUGGCGAAAAGAGAAUGUUAAUCACCCUGACAAACAAGCAUAUAAAGAAUAUGAACAAAAGUUUGAAGCUUGCCGUGUGCAACUGUUAGAGCGCCGCCAACAAAUGAAGUUAAAAAGGGCUCGCCUUAUGGGUGGUACAUCCCAAGUGACAAAUACUACAAAUACAGGUAAUAUAUCAACUGCUAUUCCUCCUCCAUUGCAGAAUACAAAUAUAACAAAUUAUCCCCAAAAUGUGCACCCAAAUAAACAAAAUCAAAAUAAUAUUCCUGCACAUAGUCACACAAUUCAGAAUAUACCCCAAUUCCAGCAGCUUAGUAAUAAUAAUCAACAAGGUUACAAUAGGAACAAUAACAAAAAUGUAGAUCCACAAGAUAGGUACGAAUCUUAUCAAACUAUGAAUGAAGAUUAUAAAUCUUCUCAAUCCGGAAGUCAAAACUUUUUACCAACUAAUCAAUCCAAGGGAAUACCAGGACUAGACUUAGUACCAGAUUUUGAUAGAUCUUCAAGUAAACAAGAUGUAAUUGAUAUAACAGAAGAAAAUUCUGAAAAUAAACAUAUGCAGCAAAAGCAAAAUCAUAGACAGCCUGAUUAUUCAACAAUUUCAAAAGGUAUUAACAACAUUCUUGGAGAUGAGAAAAUUAUGAAUAUCCUGUCUAUGGUAACAAACCAAAUAAGUUCUGGAAACAGUAAUGUCACACAAAAUGCACCUGGACAUUAUAGACAAGAUGAGAAGAGUCACUACAGUCAGAGUCAUAACAGCAAUUACCAUAAUAAUGAUUAUGGUCCUAGACAAGAUAUGCCAUAUAAACAACAUAACCUUAAUACCUAUUCAAAUAACCCAGAACAAGCCAAUUCUAAUUAUUCUGAACCUCCGUAUCAGAGAUUUGAGGAAAAUUAUGCUAGAGAAGAUUAUAGGCAGAAUGAUACACCAAAAGAACAAUACUAUGACGGGCACAAUAAAAAUAUGCCCCCAAGGAGUGUUCCGCCACCAUUAAGAUCUAAUAUAGCUCUAUCAAGACCAUUGUUGCCUAAUUUGCCAUCUCAGCAAAAUUCAAAUGAUUAUUCUCAUGAUGGAUUUGAGAGAAGGGAUAUACAUGAAAACAUUAAUAAACCUUUGAUACAACCAGCAAAACCAAAAUGGAUAGAUGAACCACUGUUUACUCCAUCUAUCAUAGUUGACUAUGAGCACAAAUGUCUAAGAUUGAAAGCUCGAGGAUUUAUUGAACCCGUCCAUAUGUUUGAUUACAAUCACAAAUCAAAAGAUGGUGAAAGUAGCAGUAAAAAAGAUUUUGAAAAAGAAAUUGAUGAUUUAUUUUCAAAAAAACCCCGCAGGCCAGAGGUUAAUGACGAUUGGAAUAAUUCUCUAAAACAUAAUGAUAGACGACCUCUCAGGGAUGACCAAAGGGAUAGAGCUAAACUACCAAUCAGAGAUGAUCAUGAUAUCUUCAACAGAAGGUCGGAUAAUCCUUAUGAAGAACGUAGACGUGAUGAUCGUGAUCGCUUUUUACGUGAAGACUAUGAACGGAGAGACAGAGUACCAGAAUAUGAUCGAUCAAGAGACUCUGGCAGGGAAAGAGAUUAUGGAAGGGAUAGAGAUUUCGGAAGAGAUAGGGAUUUCGGAAGGGAAAGAGAUUUAGGUAGAGAAAGGGAGUCGUUAAGGGAGAAAGAUCAACUUAGAGAAAGAGACUUGGGUAGAGACAGAGAUUUCGGCAGAGAUCGAGAUUUAGGUAGAGAUAGAGAUCUUGGUCGAGACAGAGAACGAGAUAGGAAUAUAGGUAAAGAAAGAGAUCUUGGGCGAGAUAGGGAUACAGGCAGAGAAAGAGACUCUGGUAGAUACAGGGAUUUAAGAAAAGACGACUCUCGAAAUCGUAGCCGAAGUCGGGAAAGGGACAGCCGAAAAAGAGAACAUAGUAAGGAUUCAAUUGAUAGUUCUGGAUCAAAAAAACUUAGAGAAUUGAAAGAAACAUCUACAGCUACCCAGUCUGGUAAACCACAGCAUAUAGUAAUGAUUGAUGACUUAUUAGAACCACCUGGUCGUGACAUGAGACCGGAGAAGAUAGUUAUUAUACUUAGAGGUCCACCUGGUAGUGGAAAAUCGUAUUUAGCGAAACUUAUAAGAGACAAAGAAGCAGAACAUGGAGGUACAGUUAGGAUCAUGUCAAUAGAUGACUAUUUCAUGCAGGAAGGUGAAAUAGAAGAAAAAGAUCCUACUACCGGAAAAAUUGUGAAAAAACCAUCUUUAAAAUAUGAGUAUGAUCAAAAAUCCGAAGAAGUUUAUCUUAACUCAUUGAAAAGAGCUUUCAAGAGGAGUUUAACAGAUGGAUACUUUACAUUUUUAAUAUAUGACUCUGUAAACGAACAAUUAAAGAGCUAUGCCGAUAUAUGGAAUUUUUCACGGCAAAAUGGUUUCCAGGUUUACAUUUGUACGAUGGAUAUUGACUCGCAAACUUGCUUCAAACGGAACAUUCAUGGCAGGUCUCUCGAGGAUAUCGAAUCGAUCGUUGCUAAGUUCUUCCCAACUCCUGCGCAUCACAUACAUUUAGAUGCGACCACUUUGCUCCAGAGCGCUUCCAUAACCGAUGUGCAAAUGGAAGACGCAGACGACGUUACCAUGGAAGACGCACACGACACUGAGGUCGAAAGUAGCUUUACUUCGAAGUGGGAGAAAGUGGACGACGCCGCGCAACUAGCUCGCCUCGACGGCACCAGCAAGCCGCUUCGAUCUUCCCAGCUCUCAAUGGAAGACUACCUACAGCUAGACGAAUGGACACCUAAUACAGCUAAACCUGGAAAAAAAACUGUACGGUGGGCUGACAUAGAAGAGAGAAGGCAGCAAGAGAAGAUGCGAGCCAUCGGAUUUGUAGUAGGGCAGACCGACUGGAAUCGAAUGACGGACCCGACCAUGGGUUCCAGUGCGCUCACUCAGACAAAAUAUAUAGAACGAGUUAAACGAUAUUAGAAAAGAGAUUUUUUAAUGAGAACUCGUGAUACGUACGAAAGCUUUUACAGAUAGAUAAAUGAUUCUGGGCGUAACAUUAUCUCUAAAAUAGCAGUUAAUUUAGGAAAAGCAUGACAGAAUUAAACAUCUUCUGUUUCUCAAUUGUUCGGAUAGUUUUGUAUAAAUAAAAUAAGACUAUCCUAGCAUAAAAAAAUGAGAUUUCAUUGACUUCCAGAUUUAAAAGUUUAAUUACAAGGUGGUUUAAGUAAAUGCCUUUUGCAUUGAAUACUUAUUAAGUUUAAACGGUGUUAAUGUUAAGUCGAAAUGAGACGACGACAUAAAAGUUUUACCAAACAACUAUAAUACUUUAAUAUGGGAAAUAUUACUUUCUUGGCACCAAUUUCAAUAAACGCCAGGUCGUAAUAAUUGAGGGUUAUGGGGAUCCGAGGAACAGUCGCUAAAUAUUGCAAAACAAUUCGAAUAUUUAUUACGAAAUAGGUAGCUCCUGUCUAUUAUUUAUAAAUAUUGAGUUUGAGCGAUUGAGUUGAAGAAAGUGUGUUUAUCAGGUUCUCGAAUUUUCAGACUUGAAUUCACGUAAGGCUUAUUUUUAUAACUUCAGAAAUUAAGUAAUGGAUGUUUGAAACGAUAAAGUAUUGUAGUGCUACAAUGUAUCCUUUGUAAACAUACUGGAAUAUUUUGAGUUAAAACAAUUAUAGUUGAUGUUUUUUUCAUUUUAUCCAGGUAUUAAAAUAUAUUACAAAUUACGAUCUUAAAUGUUAUUUAACUUUUUCCCCCAUUAUCUUACAUUGCUGUCAGUCUUAAACUUAACUUCUAUAGUAGGAAGAAUAGAUUUUCUAUUAUUUUUAUUUCAACACUAGACACUCAUAUUUUUAGUAUAUCGACUUGAAGAUAGUGCAAGUGAAUUUAUCAAAAUCCACUGUAAGGAAAUUUGUCAAUGAAUUCAUUUAGAUUCUGACAAAUUUUUCUUUUUCUAUAUGGACAAUCAAUAAAAUAUAAGUUUAAAAGUUAUUUUGUGAUAAAAAUGAUUUAAUAGCAUUUCAUAAGAGAUGUGCGCUAGUAUAUAAAAUAUGUGAAUAAAU